UGGUCUCCCUGAGAGAUAAAUUGUGUGUGGUACAAUUGGUAGAGUCGGGUACGAAGCUGUCCUUUCGAGUUUCCUGCGAGGGACAGUUAACAGCCUCAGCUACGACUACCCACACCAAGCGCUUAAAUCACAUAAACCGACAAAAAAAAAAAAAAGGGGACAUUACCUGGGAGUAACCAUGUCGGGAAAUAAAGACAGUGACGGCGGAUGGAGGAAAUUUGUGUGGAAUUCAGAGAAGAAUGAGUUUCUAGGAAGAACAGGGGGCAGUUGGUUUAAAAUCUUCUUGUUCUACGUGAUAUUCUAUGGAUGCUUGGCUGGAAUUUUCAUUGGGACCAUUCAGGCAAUGAUGCUUACGUUAAGUAACUACAAACCCACCUAUCAGGACAGAGUCGCUCCCCCAGGUCUGUCACACACCCCACUCUCAGAAAAAUCUGAAAUUGCUUUCAAAAAGUCUGACGAGUCUACAUAUAACAAGUACAUCACCAGCGUGAAUAAUUUCCUUCAAGUUUAUGAUGACAGCCGUCAGGAAGAUAUGAUGAAAUUUGAAGACUGUGGAGACAUUCCUCAGUCAUACAAGGAACGUGGAAAUCUGGAAAUUGAAACGGUAGAGAGGAAAGCCUGCCGUUUCCGCAGGUCUUGGCUUGGCAGCUGUUCAGGGGAGAGCGAUCCCACCUAUGGCUUUAAGGAGGGAAAGCCCUGCAUUAUUGUUAAGCUCAACAGGAUUGUCAACUUCAGACCAAGGGUUCCUUCUGACAAUUCGUCCCUCCCAGAGGCUCUGCAGGGCAAACUAAUGCCCAACCUGAUCCCUAUUUACUGCAAAAAUAAGAGAGAAGAGGAUGAAGACAAGAUUGGAGAGAUCAAGUACUUUGGCAUAGGUGGGGGAUUUCCUCUCCAGUACUACCCGUACUACGGCAAACUGCUGCAGCCCAAUUACCUGCAGCCUCUGGUGGCCAUUCAGUUUACCAACCUCACUGUUGGUCAGGAGCUCCGUAUCGAGUGCAAAGCAUAUGGAGCAAACAUUAACUACAGCGAGAAAGACCGCUAUCAAGGACGUUUCGAUGUUAAGAUCACAGUCAGCUCGUGACCUCAGCCAUGACAAGCACUCUCAUUUUAAAAACAAAUAAAAUGUAGAGAGAAUUAAAGAGAUCAGAUAAACACCACUAGUCUUUGAACAUUCAUAAUAUACAGGACCUACACUUAAUUCGUGUGCUUUACACUAGCUUUUCUGUGUGUUUGUUGAGGGUUAGAAUGUAAAAUACAAGAGUAGCAAUAGCAAAUAUUUAUUCUACUGUAAAUGAAAAUAUUCCUUGAGCCAUGGGAUGUGUUCAUCUAUUACUGUAAAACCGCAAUUCCACUACUGACGUGUAGCGAGCUGUGUUUCUGUCCCCAAAGUAUUUCAUCCUAAUGUGGUUUCUAUAUAUUUUUGGAGUGUCCAGUGCUGUAGUCUAGUCCUGUUGUAAUCUCUUUUGUCUUAUGUCAGCUUUAGUGGUCCAAGGUGUGUGUGUGCUUGUGUCUGUGUGCAGGUGUGUUAGUUUAUGUGAGUGUGUGGAGUGUGUGUUAAUGUGCUCUGAUUAACUGAAAUACUAGCAUGGUACUCUGAACCUUUAUGGCCCAUGUAUGAGUAAAUGACUACGCUCCAUGGAAUCUUUUUUUUUUUUGUGUGUUCCUUAAUCCAAGUUGUUCAAGUUGACUGUGGAAGGAUACAUUUGUACACCUUUUCUUUGUCGUUCACCUUAGCUGUAGGAUAUGGUUUGAUGACAUUUCUGUUUGAUACUCUUACAUAUGUUCAUUCUUAAUUCAUAGUGUAGAGCUUUGUGGGUCCAGCCUAGAAGACUGUCACCUCCAUGGAAACAGUGGCAACUCAGUGCUUUGAAAUCUGUUUUGCUGGAGACAUCACAUGAUGUGAUGCAACUUACUAUUGAAUGUUUUAGCCAUUUUCAUGGUGGAAGAAUUUUAUAUUUAUGCAGUUGUACAUUUUUUUCAAAGUGUAAUGUAUGAAUCCAAUACCAAAGUCGCUGGUCAAAGAGUUAGAGAAUAUCAGAGGCAAUGCAGUAUCCCGUGUAAUGAGAUGUUUAGUUGGUGUGAAAAUACUUAAUUCAGUGUUGAAGAUCAAAACACUUGUCAGGAGUCUGCUCUUGUCACUUUAUUUAAUCUGCAUAAGGCUGAAACAAUAAACAGAAAAGUGAGACAACUGAGAA